AUGCCAAUCCGUAGGAGAUUUGAAGCAUUGCGUUCUCCUCAUCAAGCUGUUUCUGAUCUUGGAAUCUCCAAGAUAAAACAUAUUAAAACAUAUUUCGUGCAAUGCCAAAUAUGUACCCUCGGGGGUGGUAGACAGGUGACAUACGCUGCACCACCACUCACCAACUCGGCCCUCGCGGGUCGAAAUAUCUCUAAGACGAUAGGCCGUGUGGCCUUUCACCAGUGUCACGCAUUGGCUAAGCGGAAUAUCUGCGGUCCACUUCAGGUCCACUUCAAGUUCACUUCUGGCUUUAAUGCUCGCGCGAAUAUUUCCGAUAACGGAGACGUCAAAGCGAGGUCAUAG